AUGCCGAAACAACAAGUCGACGCGCUUAUCAUCGGGGCCGGAUUGGGCGGCAUUCAUAGCCUCUAUCAUCUGCGCGCCAUUGGCCUCUCCAACCUCAAGCUCAUCGAUCUUGCCAGCGAUGUUGGCGGCACCUGGCAUUUCAACACCUAUCCUGGGGCCAUGUCGGAUACGGAAAGCUAUUUGUAUCGCUUCCCAUGGGAUAAGGAAGACUUGAUGACGUACCCUUGGCCGAACCACUACGUUACCCAGCCGGAGAUCCUAGCGUACCUCCGCCACGUGGUCUUGAAGCAUGACCUCCGCAGAUAUAUGCAAUUCAAUACCGAGAUGCGUUCUGCCACCUUCGAUGAGACCAAGAAUGUCUGGCUGGUGGAAGUCAGCACCGGCGAGACGUUCGAAGCUCGCUACCUUGUUACCGCCUUGGGACUCUUAUCCCGUCCAAAUUUUCCCGACAUCCCUGGAACCGACACAUUCAAAGGCACUACAGUGCAUUCCCAUGAUUGGGAUGCCGAUGCAGAAUACAGAAACAAACGUGUUGCAGUCGUUGGGACUGGAUCAACGGGAACUCAGAUCGUAACCGCUGUUGCGCCCCAAGCUGCAUCCCUCACCGUAUUCCAGCGCACGCCUCAGUAUUCUGUGCCUGCGGGAAAUAAGCCUGUAAGUCCCGAGUACCGCCAACGCAUCAACCAGAAUUACGACGACAUCUGGGCGCAGACACGAGAGUCUAGCACCGCUUUCGGGUUCCAGGAGUCGACAGUACCUUGUUUGUCCGUAAGCCCUGAAGAUCGCGAGAGGGUCUUUGAGAAGCUCUGGCAGCAAGGAAACGGCUUCCGAUUCAUGUUUGGCGGUUUCGGUGACAUCACCACAAAUGUCGAGGCAAACGAGGAAGCGUGUCGCUUCGUACGGAAGAAGAUUGCGGAAAUUGUCAAGGAUCCCGUCAAGGCUCGGAAGCUGACGCCUACGAACCGGUACGCUCGACGGCCGCUUUGUGACUCUGGAUACUACGAACAAUUCAAUCGUGAGAAUGUGGACGUGGUCGAUCUGAGAGAAACGGAGAUUGUGGCUCUCACGCCAAAGGGUAUUCGUACAUCUGACGAUGUCGAACAUGAGGUGGAUUUGAUCGUCUUCGCGACCGGUUUCGAUGCUAUCGAUGGUAGCUACACCAGGCUUCUUAUACGUGGCCGUAACGGUCGGACCAUGAAGGAUCAUUGGGUUGGCGGUGCUCACAGCUACAUGAGCGUUUGCUGUUCUCACUUCCCGAACAUGUUCAUGAUCAAUGGCCCACAAGGACCGUUCUGCAACAUUCCAUCCGCCGUAGAAGCGUCUGGUGAACUGAUGCUUGGUGUGAUCAAGCGUGCUGAGGAGGCUAGAAAGGCCAAUGGUAAUAGUGGCUCUGUGGCCAUAGAGGUGAAAGAGGAGGCAGAAGAUGAGUGGGGGUUCAAGUGUUAA